CUCCUGGGAUUUCCCUGAGCAGCUGAGCAGGAGCUGAAACACAGAGCCCCAAGCCUAUGGAGACAGGCUGGGGGGCCCUGCUGUCUCCCCACUCCCAGUCAGGGGCCAUGUGAUGCGUGGGGCGGCCUUUGCCUACGUGCCCAGCCCUCAGGUCCUGCACAGGAUCCCAGGGACCGCUGCCUAUGCCUUCCCCAGCCUGGGCCCGGUGGCCCUCGCCGAGCCUGGCUGCCCCUUCGGGGAGGUUCUAGAGCUCCAUGACCCGCUGCCCACCAAGCUGGCCCUGGAGGAGGAGCCGAAGCCAGAGUCCGGGCUAGCUCAGAAGCUGCGCUGGGCUGCCGUGACGCUGCUCAAGGUGCCCCUGAUGCUCGCUUUCCUCUACCUCUUUGUGUGCUCCCUGGAUGUGCUCAGUUCCGCCUUCCAGCUGGCUGGAGGGAAGGUGGCUGGUGACAUCUUCAAGGACAAUGCCAUCCUGUCCAACCCGGUGGCGGGGCUGGUGGUGGGCAUCCUAGUGACCGUGCUGGUGCAGAGCUCCAGCACCUCCACCUCCAUCAUUGUCAGCAUGGUCUCCUCUGGCUUGCUGGAGGUCAGCUCUGCCAUCCCCAUCAUCAUGGGCUCCAACAUCGGCACCUCUGUCACCAACACCAUCGUGGCCCUGAUGCAGGCAGGGGACAGGACCGACUUCCGGCGGGCCUUCGCGGGGGCCACUGUGCACGACUGCUUCAACUGGCUGUCUGUUCUCGUCCUGCUGCCCUUGGAGGCUGCCACCCGGUACCUGUACCACAUCACUCGAUGGGUGGUGGCCUCCUUCAACAUCCUCAGCAGCCGAGAUGCCCCAGACCUGCUCAAGAUCAUUACGGAGCCCUUCACUAAGCUCAUCAUCCAGCUGGACAAGUCCGUGAUCACCAGCAUUGCCAUGGGCGACGAGUCCCUGAGGAAUCACAGUCUCAUCAGGAUCUGGUGCCACCCAGACGCCACAGAGGUUUCCACCCCCAUGCCCAGGGCAGAGGCCAACAGCAGCCAGACCCUCGGAAACUCGAGCAUGGAGAAAUGCAACCACAUCUUUGUGGACACAAGUCUGCCUGACCUGGCUGUGGGGCUCAUCCUGCUGGCUGGCUCCUUGGUGCUCCUGUGUACCUGCCUCAUCCUGCUCGUCAAGAUGCUCAACUCUCUGCUCAAGGGCCAGGUGGCCAAGGUCAUUCAGAAGGUCAUCAACACCGACUUCCCCGCCCCCUUCACCUGGGCCACGGGCUACUUAGCCAUGGUGGUGGGCGCCGGCAUGACCUUCGUUGUCCAGAGCAGUUCUGUGUUCACCUCAGCCAUCACCCCACUCAUCGGCCUGGGUGUGAUCAGCAUCGAGCGCGCCUACCCGCUCACGCUGGGCUCCAACAUCGGCACCACCACCACGGCUAUCCUGGCCGCUCUGGCCAGCCCCCGGGAGAAGCUGCCCAGCGCCUUCCAGAUCGCCCUCUGCCACUUCUUCUUCAACAUCUCGGGCAUCCUGCUGUGGUACCCGGUGCCCUGCAUGCGCCUGCCCAUCCGCAUGGCCAAGACACUAGGCAAACGCACCGCCAAGUACCGCUGGUUUGCUGUCCUGUACCUCCUGCUGUGCUUUCUGCUGCUGCCCUCGCUGGUGUUCGGCAUCUCCAUGGCAGGCUGGCGGGCCAUGGUGGGCGUGGGUGCGCCCUUCGCGGCCCUGCUGGCCUUCGUGGUGCUCAUCAGCGUUCUGCAGAGUCGCAGCCCGCGGCACCUGCCCAAGUGGCUGCAGACCUGGGAGUUCCUGCCCCACUGGAUGCACUCCCUGCAGCCCCUGGACCGCCUCAUCACCCGGGCCACCCUGUGCUGUGCCAGGCCCGAGCCCCGCUCACCCCCGCUGCCUGCCAGGGUCUUCCUAGAGGAGCUGCCCCCAGCCACACCCUCUCCCCACCUUGCCCUGCCUGCGCACCACAAUGCCACCCACCUCUAGGCUGCAGCCCUGACUGCCACUAGGGUGGGGAACGGCCUGUGCCUGAUGCCCUCGGUGGGAGGCCAGGGGCUGUCUGGGUACCCUGGGCUCACUCCUGUGCUUGCGCAGGUCCCCAGAGGUCUGGGCUGUGGGAGCCUGUGUGUUGGCCUGCACAGGUGCACAGUGCAGAGCCCCUGGGGCUCUGUGCAGGCUGCAGCGGGCCUGGGUGUGACUUUCAGUCCUUUGUACACUGUUUGGAGGCCUGUCCUUGUGUAGUUGUGUCCACACAGCUCCAGCUGGGCUGGGUGGAAGUAGGGAGGAUCUGAGUAUGUGAUUUGCCGCUGUCUGCUCGUACAUAAGUGUGGUUGGUGCCUGAAUCACUGUCUGGAUUCUCGCCCCCUCCCCAUCACUAUCCUUUGUCCUUGACACCAUGCUUCUCACCCUCACCCGGCAUUCUGCAUCACCGCUACAACCCCUUUCCGAACACUGCCUGAUUUAAAGUGGGGGGGGAGGGAAAGAAUUAAACUUUCAUUAUGCACUUGAA